AGGAGCUAAGCAACAAAGGAAGGGCAGCUACUCAUUCAGAAAAAGCAGAAAACCAAGUGCAAAAGAUGAAUAGGGCAUCAAAUCAAUAAGAUGUGUUGGCAAAUAUAAAGAAAUAUAGAUGGCGUUUUCUCCCAUGGUUAUUUGAACUAAAAAAAUACUCUAAAUCGAUCUUAAAAGCCUCUCCAUCAAGGCACCAGCAGUAUAUACUUCUCAAACUUUUAGGCAGUUCAAAUCAUCGUUGAAUUAUCAAUUUGAUAAUGAAGCGUAUUCGCUCAAGUGUGACUGACGUUUGUGAUCAAGCAGCUACAGUUGCAAGUGCAACUACACAAAAUGCAGCCAAAUCUGAAUUUUGCAUAGUUGAUGUAAAUAAUUCAGCUCUUGAUGGAUCUGCAAAUAUUCAAGCAGGCUCUAGUUGGGAUUGGAAUUAUCAUGAUAGAGAACUUGGUUUACACAUCCAAUCACUUCUCGCAGAGAAUGAGGGUGGUAAUGUUGAUGUGAUUAGAAAUAUUGAGCGUGUUAAAGAACCACUUCAUCGUAAGCAUGGGGAGAGUGAUUUGGUGGUGAUCCUAUUCGCAGAGAAUGAAAGUGGUAAUGUUGAUGUGAUUAGAAAUAUUGAGCGUGUUAAAGAACCACUUCAUCGUAAGCAUGGGGAGAGUGAUUUGGUGGUGAUCAUAGGAUAGGAUCAUAUAUGGAAACGGAUGCAAAGCCACUGGUUAUUAUUGUUGCAUGUCAAGACACUAAAACCAAGGGUUUGAGGUUGCACCAAGAUCAAAUGGUAAGCGUGAGAAAGUUAAAUUCAGUAUUGAUGAAUCUCGAAGGGCAGAGAAAGUUGCACAUUUCCAUGAUAUUGUUGAUCUAAUGAAUGUAGUAACUAGGACAGAUGUUUGGAUGACCGAUCUUAACCUAUCUGGGGAUUAAAACGACUCCAUUAAUUUCAAUAUCUCUUAGUCGGAAUUGGAGAUCCAAGUUAAAUCCUAUCCAACCCCAGGAGAAUAACGUGGGAAUGUCAGUACCAGUAUUGUCCACAUUAUAUUACAGUUCAGUUAUUAUAUUUUAGUUCUUUAUUUUUAUGUGUUUUCUAUUUGAAUGUCAAACUUUGUAAUAAGAAAAGACAUAGUGUUUAUAAAUAGGGGAUUGUUUGAGUAUAGGCGUAGAUUUUGAUUUUAAAAUUUUUCUUUCUUUCUUUUGGGAAUGUUGCACUAUCCAUUCAUCUUCCUUAUCCUAGAGUUGGUAGCCUGGGUGGAGUUGUGUCGUGUGUAUUUUGGUGCUUCCUUUACAUCAACAAUAUUCAUUUUGUUAUUUUUUGCCUCCAAAAUUCUUCUCAGUAAUUCUUGAUUGUUGUUUUGUUAAAAUUCUACUCUAAUAUCCCUUGUCGGCAUAACUCACUCACAUUCAUGAAUUUGUAGGAACUAACAUUCAAUUUUUUUCCCAUUCUCUAAGCAUCAAAGAAUACCAUCUAUACAUUGAUCUAAUAACAUGUUGAUUAAAGGCAUUCAUUCAAGCCAUAAUUUGUACUUGAAAAAAGGAAAAUACAUAGCAUGUUUUUUUUUUCUUUUCGAAGCUCAUGACACACUGUAUUUGUUGUGCCUUGAACUCGGGACAAUGAGUUUGAGAUAGAACUCUCAACCACUAGGCAUAGUAGGCUGCAAAAGAAAAAACAUAUGUAAUUCACUUAGUCUCGACUACUGCUUAGAUGUAAAGCUUUAUAUAUCCCCUAAAAAUCAGUAAAAAGUACAAUAGAUAAUUCUCUCAAAAAUUUUCAAAUUCUAGUGAAAAUUACGACACAGUAUGAAAGGUCAUGAACUCUCCUUUACAAGAAGCGCAACCUUCACUAACACCAUUAUGGAUCAAAAUUUCAUCCCACAUAUAAAGAUCAUUCUCUCCAAAUCACACGAUACAAACUUAAUUAAAUUACUUUGUGAAUAAUUCA